AUGAACGGCGAGUCGACAAUUGGAGCCAUCUCUCAUUGGGCUAUGACUCAGGGCUGCUUGAUCAACGAGGCUCAAAUGGCCCUCUGGACGCUGAAAGACGAGCCUGUGGCACCGACUCUAAGUGGCUCUGGUGGCAGCGCGUCAAAAAAGGAGGUAAGGAGGAGGUCCGAGGAGGAGGGUAUUCCAUCUAGUCAUGACAUCCAGACGCAUUGGCGUUUUCGGUACAUGACGGUCCCCGACUACUGUUGUGCCUCUCCGCAGGGCCUCACCUGUCAAGAUGUGUCAAGACGCCAGAUCGGCGGAGUGCACACGCUGGUCAGCGUUGAACGCUGCAGGAAGACAAUGACCGGGUCUGCAAUGACCGCUGGCGUAACCUUCGCAUUGUGUCGCAUUCUGUACGCUUAUGCAGGUACUAAUGAUCUUCAGCCUAUCUAUACUCGCUCUGACGGUAGAGACGGUAUAUCUUAUUGGCAGGUACGGAACCGCACCCUUGGCAUGUCUGGGCCACGCUUCCUUCGCUGA